CUAACAUUGAAGCAAUCCGAAAGCGCUCAGACGACACAAAGAUUUUUUUUUGAAAAUGAAUUUAUAGAACUUAAAUGAUGUCUUGCAGUAUACUAAAAAAGCUGUACAAUAGAGAGACCAGGGGAACAAUAAAACAGCACAGGAGACAGAGACAGUGCCAGUUCUUCAAUAAAAUUCCAAACAGAUUGUGUUUUAGGCUUCCAUCUUUGGUGUCAGAGGAGGCACUGGAGGAGGGGCAUGUGUUUCUGGGAUUCACAAAAUGUGGACAGUUUGUUGUGAGCUACACAACAUCUAUGGAUGCUGAUCACCAAUCUGUGCUGCCAGUGUGUACAUAUGAAUACAGACUGCAGUGGUGGUGGUUUGUACCCAAUCAGCCAUUACAAAAGGUGUCAGAAAUCAAGUUGUUUGGAGAAGAGGAAUUAACCGUGGACCUGUACAUUUCUUUUUGUGAGUGGCCAUCAGACCAGUGUAAGGUCCUGAUAUUUGGACACAGUCUCCCGAGCCAAACACAAGAUGGAUGUUCCUCAUGUUAUAUGACCAUUACAUCUGUACCUCCACUCCAGCAUUGUAAAUUCUGUCAGAUUAUUUCCCCAGAUGAAGACAAAAAGCAGAAGCCCAUCAAAAUUCCAUGUAUGAAGCAUGCCUUUUCUGUUCAUACAAAGUUUGAAUUGACACCUCCAUUUCCCCCAUUUGGACCAAGAACUCAAUUGAAAAUAGAUGGAGUGGCUGUUAUAAAUACUGGGGAUUCAAUAGUAGCAUUGUCAGUCAAUGUGGAUGGCUGCGACGAAAAAGAAACUACCUCUAUUGCACUGACAGAAGUUUCUGUUCUUAUCGACAAUCAAAGUAAAGAUCAGCUUUUAGAAAAUCCCAAGCUUGAAAGCCUUAAGCAGUAUUCUAGGGGACCAGUUUCACCAAGCAUGUGCGAGUGUCGCCUUAAACAUACAGACCCUGCUCUUUGUCCGUCUCCACAUUCUGUGGAUUUGAUGGAUGAAAGUCAGAAAGAGAACAUGGAUGGUGGUUUGUUGAGGGAAUAUGCUCGUCAGCGUUCUCCUAGGGCGAGUCAUAUGGAGGGACCAAAAUUAUGCAAGCAGGGGGGAUCUCUAUUGCCUUCCUCACAAGACUGGUUGGAUAAUAUUAAUUUGAUGACAGAUACCUCACAAACUGGAGAUGUGCUUACACAAAAUAACUCUGUGAUGCAAGAGGUUCACGAAAGUGGAUCUCAGGUCCAUACGAUUGAUAAAGACAAUUCCCCACUGGAUUCCAUCAAGUGCCUUAGGUCACCCUCAAAAUGUGAUAACAGUGAACUUAGUAAAUGUAACACUCCUCUGACAAGUAUGCCUCAAAAAUCCACAUCACCAAACGAGCCCAUCGACAAUGCAAGAUGCCCUUCCCCCUGCCAACCCACCAACUGUCGUUCCCCUGGUCCAGCCAAGUCUCCUGGGCCCCUUUACAGCCCAGCUAGUAGUCCACUUCAGCCCAACCCCAGCUGCAACAACUGUCUUUUUGGAAACAAGAACCCUGCUUCCUCUCAACGCUCUUUCUUCUCUCCCUCCAACAGUGGUACCAGCACCACCAGUACUAGUAAGAGUGCAGACAGUGUGUAUUUACAAGUCAAUGAAACAAGGACGGUUACCUACACUGUCCGCAAGUUUUCACAUGCCUUACAGAGUGGAAACCAGUCUCCUGGCAUCGUGGAAGAGGACUUUGAUCUUGCUUAUAGAAGUAUACUACCUCUGGAAGUGUAUGGUGACAAAGAUAAGCCACUUUUUCCGGCCCACUGCAGAGAGGCAUUACAGGAAUGUGUACGUGUUACUCAGAUGACAUUUGAUGUGGAACAUUAUUUAGAGGAGGUCAUAGGUCACUUUGCUGAUUGGGGUCACAGAUAUAUUGCUUUCACCAACUAUGAUCUGCAGAUUUUAGAUGUGUGUGCGGAGAGUACAACAGUGAUAGGUAAAGUGUUUGCACUAAUUCAUGCCAAAGAGGAAUUAGAUGCAAGCAGAAAAAUGAAACGCAGUAAAAAUGCCAUAAGAAGAUAUCAAACAAGCUUUUGUUUUGCCUGGAAUCUUGCCACAGGAGGAUAUGAGACAAAAUUUAUUGGUGAUUUGAUAGAGGUUGAUGAAGUGGAAAUCAGAAGGAUUGAAAGCACUUGGAAAGAGUGGAAACCUGGCUUCAAAGAGUGUGCAAUGCUGAGACGACAGAUGUACAUUCCCCAAUCAACACAACGUUACGUCAAUGUUUUGUCAAAUGAAUCUGUCAUCAAAGGAGAAUCUCUGAAGUUCAUCAUAGCUCCUCAACAUUAUGUAGCCCUCCUGAUCUAACUAAUUAAUGGAGAAAAAUUAGGAAGAUAUCUUAUAGAAUUUUUAUGUGGAGCAAGCUGAUCAGUAGCCUUUUUCACAAAAAUUCUUAUGAGUAAGAUUAAAAUUUGACAACUCUGUAAUUUCUUUGUUUAAUAAGGAAAAUUAUUAGUUCAGAAGAAU